AUGGGUUUAGAUAUCGAUGAUUCAUGCACUGAUCACGAUGAUUGUAAGAAAAUUCCAUUUACCCAAUGUGUUGAUGAGAAAUGUCAGUGUCUACUGAACUUCGAGCGAAAAGGCGACGUUUGUAAAGGACUUCCAGGCGCUAAUUGUACGGCUGACUCAAACUGCUUUGAAAAAUCAUCAUGUAAUAAGGGAACCUGUCGAUGUGAUGAUCACUACGAAGAAACUACCAAAGAAUGUCAUAAAUUAGUGAAAAAUAUCGAUGAUUCAUGCACUGAUCACGAUGAUUGUAAGAAAAUUCCAUUUACCCAAUGUGUUGAUGAGAAAUGUAAGUGUCUACCGAACUUCGAGCGAAAAGGCGACGUUUGUAAAGGACUUCCAGGCACCAAUUGUACGGCUGACUCAAACUGCUUAGAAAAUUCAUCAUGUAAUAAGGGAACCUGUCGAUGUGAUGAUCACUACGAAGAAACUACCAAAGAAUGUCAUAAAUUAGUGAAAAAUAUCGAUGAUUCAUGCACUGAUCACGAUGAUUGUAAGAAAAUUCCAUUUACUCAAUGUGUUGAUGAGAAAUGUCAGUGUCUACCGAACUUCGAGCGAAAAGGCGACGUUUGUAAAGGACUUCCAGGCACCAAUUGUACGGCUGACUCAAACUGCUUAGAAAAUUCAUCAUGUAAUAAGGGAACCUGUCGAUGUGAUGAUCACUACGAAGAAACUACCAAAGAAUGUCAUAAAUUAGUGAAAAAUAUCGAUGAUUCAUGCACUGAUCACGAUGAUUGUAAGAAAAUUCCAUUUACUCAAUGUGUUGAUGAGAAAUGUCAGUGUCUACCGAACUUCGAGCGAAAAGGCGACGUUUGUAAAGGACUUCCAGGCACCAAUUGUACGGCUGACUCAAACUGCUUAGAAAAUUCAUCAUGUAAUAAGGGAACCUGUCGAUGUGAUGAUCACUACGAAGAAACUACCAAAGAAUGUCAUAAAUUAGUGAAAAAUAUCGAUGAUUCAUGCACUGAUCACGAUGAUUGUAAGAAAAUUCCAUUUACUCAAUGUGUUGAUGAGAAAUGUCAGUGUCUACCGAACUUCGAGCGAAAAGGCGACGUUUGUAAAGGACUUCCAGGCGCCAAUUGUACGGCUGACUCAAACUGCUUAGAAAAUUCAUCAUGUAAUAAGGGAACCUGUCGAUGUGAUGAUCACUACGAAGAAACUACCAAAGAAUGUCAUAAAUUAGUGAAAAAUAUCGAUGAUUCAUGCACUGAUCACGAUGAUUGUAAAAAAAUUCCAUUUACCCAAUGUGUUGAUGAGAAAUGUCAGUGUCUACCGAACUUCGAGCGAAAAGGCGACGUUUGUAAAGGACUUCCAGGCACCAAUUGUACGGCUGACUCAAACUGCUUAGAAAAUUCAUCAUGUAAUAAGGGAACCUGUCGAUGUGAUGAUCACUACGAAGAAACUACCAAAGAAUGUCAUAAAUUAGUGAAAAAUAUCGAUGAUUCAUGCACUGAUCACGAUGAUUGUAAGAAAAUUCCAUUUACUCAAUGUGUUGAUGAGAAAUGUCAGUGUCUACCGAACUUCGAGCGAAAAGGCGACGUUUGUAAAGGACUUCCAGGCACCAAUUGUACGGCUGACUCAAACUGCUUAGAAAAUUCAUCAUGUAAUAAGGGAACCUGUCGAUGUGAUGAUCACUACGAAGAAACUACCAAAGAAUGUCAUAAAUUAGUGAAAAAUAUCGAUGAUUCAUGCACUGAUCACGAUGAUUGUAAGAAAAUUCCAUUUACUCAAUGUGUUGAUGAGAAAUGUCAGUGUCUGCCGAACUUCGAGCGAAAAGGCGACGUUUGUAAAGGACUUCCAGGCGCCAAUUGUACGGCUGACUCAAACUGCUUAGAAAAUUCAUCAUGUAAUAAGGGAACCUGUCGAUGUGAUGAUCACUACGAAGAAACUACCAAAGAAUGUCAUAAAUUAGUGAAAAAUAUCGAUGAUUCAUGCACUGAUCACGAUGAUUGUAAGAAAAUUCCAUUUACUCAAUGUGUUGAUGAGAAAUGUCAGUGUCUACCGAACUUCGAGCGAAAAGGCGACGUUUGUAAAGGACUUCCAGGCGCCAAUUGUACGGCUGACUCAAACUGCUUAGAAAAUUCAUCAUGUAAUAAGGGAACCUGUCGAUGUGAUGAUCACUACGAAGAAACUACCAAAGAAUGUCAUAAAUUAGUGAAAAAUAUCGAUGAUUCAUGCACUGAUCACGAUGAUUGUAAGAAAAUUCCAUUUACCCAAUGUGUUGAUGAGAAAUGUCAGUGUCUACCGAACUUCGAGCGAAAAGGCGACGUUUGUAAAGGACUUCCAGGCACCAAUUGUACGGCUGACUCAAACUGCUUAGAAAAUUCAUCAUGUGAUAUGGGCACCUGUCAAUGUGGUGGUCACUACGAAGGAACUACCAAAGAAUGUCAUAAAUUAGUGAAAACUUCUUGA